CAGGAUUAACAGCUCGACCAUGCUGACCUUCCCUCUUUACCUCCUGCUGAUGGUGGUGUCCCUCCCCAUCAUCGUGGUAAUGCCUCAGACCAUUCCCUUGAACAAUACAUACUCUCCAGGAGAAAACAUGACUCAGGAGGAGCACUGCCACGAGCUGCUGUAUUCACCAGACCCUGUGCCAAUGGACGAGCUCCCAUGGUACUGUCUGUGCAUGCAAUGUCAGGACAGCAAGGGGCCCAAAGGAGACAGAGGAGACCUUGGAUUGCCAGGCAUGCCCGGAACUGCAGGAAGACGGGGUGUGAAAGGGUACCGUGGUAUUCAAGGUUUUAUGGGCACACCAGGGAUGAAAGGACAGAAAGGAAACGAUGGUGAAAGGGGACAACCAGGACUUUGUGGGAUGGUGGGAUUCCAAGGAUCCAAAGGUUUUAAAGGUGAAACAGGUGGUCAAGGUCUGAAGGGUUACCCUGGGGAUCAAGGUCCUAAAGGAGAUGAUGGAGUCUGUCCAGAAAACUGUGAACCCAUUGUUGGUCCCCCCGGAGACCCAGGUCUAACGGGCCCUGCUGGACCCAGAGGGCUGCCUGGCCCCACAGGACUGAGAGGUCCCAAAGGCUAUAUGGGUGAAAAGGGUGAUUUGGGUCAGUUUGGUGCUCCUGGACAUGCGGGUGAGAAGGGAGAACUGGGUCCCCUGGGUGAGUGUAACUGUAUAGAUGGAAUAGAUGGGUUUCCAGGGCCGAAGGGGCCAAUGGGAGACAAGGGGGUCCAGGGUCAGGAAGGUCCUGCAGGGCAAAUGGGUUUAAAGGGGGAUGAAGGAGACCAAGGGCCCACAGGAAUAAUGGGUUUGCCUGGUCUCUGCAAGCCAAUGAUCCAGUCAGCAUUUUCUGCAUGGCUUACAUCCAGCUUCCCCUUUCCCACUGCCCCCGUGGCCUUUUCCAGUGUUUUCUACAACAUCCAAAUGCAUUACAACACAACCACGGGUGUCUACACAGCCCCCACCGCAGGCACAUAUGUCUUCAAAUACCACCUUGCCAUUCAUGAACGUAUCCUUAAAGUUGGCCUCUUUCUAAAUUCCAUAGCAGUUGUGAAAACCACAGACAACAAACUGUUAGGAACAUCCUCACACUCAGUCAUCCUUCACCUGGAACAGGGAGACCGGGUUUGGGUUCAGGUGAAGGAUUUGCACACUAAUGGCAUGUAUGCAGGUCCAGAAAUCAAAAGUACAUUCUCUGGAUUCUUGCUAUAUCAAGAUGAAUGUACAUUUGAGGUAAGUCCCUAUGGAUAA